ACUGGCUCAAUUUAUGAAUGGCAAGAGGUUGUUUUAAAAAUAAUUUAAUAAUUUUCGAUUCAGCAUUUCGUACUGCAAAGAAAAUUGCAAACACGACAGUUUUUCGCAAGUUCGGAGCAAAGCAGAAGUUUUUAUACGACGAAUGCAACAGAAAAACUGGAGAUGAUUUGUACGAUUGUUUGGUAAGAAUGGAGACUCUGACGUCAUACCACCCAUGUUGUACAGCUAAGAUAGGAAAUGAGAAAGAUAACUUGGCGGUUGUUGACCCCAGAUUAAGGGUCUACAAGGUAAAAGGCCUAAGAAUUGCCGACGCUUCAGUAAUGCCGGCAAUAACAUCAGCAAAUAUACAAGCGCCGUGUUACAUGAUUGGCGAAAAAGCUGCUCACAUGCUUAAAGAAGAUUGGAGACUUUGAAAACUUUUCAAACGUGUUAUUUUCUAAUAAACGCGGCAAAAAUUACGCACAAUGCGAAUUAGUGAAGUAAUAAUAUUCAAAAUUAUACUUGUGCACGAGUUGGUAUAGUUAAUAAAAAUUAAUUUGUCGAUUUACUAAGUAUAAUAAAUACACACAAGUUGCA